AUGCCAUCCGUCAAGAACCCCAACGGGCCCUCGAAAAACCGGCUCGUAGCGCGCGCAGCCAAAGCCCGCAAAGCGAACCAGAAGCGCGUAGCCGGGUCUUCGAACAAGAACAACCGAGUCGCAAAGGCAGACGAGAAGCGGGGUGCGCGAACGGGACUAUUACCGACGAGCGGGCCGAAUGCAGCAUUGAGCGCAAAAAAGAGGCGCAAGCUAGAGAAGAAGAUGGGGUAUGCGCUGAAGCGGAAGAUGGAGGCUGAUGGGGAGGUCGAGAUGAAGGGUAUGUAUGCGAUUGGUUCCCUGGUGUACGACGAGUGUAAAGGGGAGGAAGAGGAGAGAUUUGGGUUGCUGACUUUGGGUAUAGAUGUUUCUCAGGAAAAGACGAAGAAACCUGCGGAUGAGGACAUGGUGAUUGAUUCCGAGAAUAUCUCAUAG